UCUCCUCUCCCAAGCAGUGCGUCACUCCAGAGCCCAGAGCGACCGUGAGUCCAAAAAUAAAACAGUUUAUUUUCGACAAAGAAUUUCACGGUUUGUGUCUUUGGUUUGCUUUACCCGGGAAAACUCUUAUCCUAUAUUUGUUGUGUCAUCUGUAAGUUACUGGAAUAAGUUAUAUAUUUUUUUUAACAUUUCAAAAUCUGAGUAAAAGCACGUCGUGAAAUUAACAACACAUUGGAGCGCUGUCAUUACACGGAUGUAGGAUAUUAUCGUGUCUGGAUAAAUUGGAGUGAACUUUUGCUGAGCAUUUGCAACGACUGCACGGGGGAAUCUCAAAGGAGCAUCCGCCGCCAGAUCACCAAUAUGAAAUCUGCCGAAGAAGAUGCAUACGGCUACCCCAGUGCCGGCCUGUCCCUGCCCGUCAGCAACCCUUACUUGUCCCCCCAGUACCACAGCAGUCCCCAGGGCGGCGGCCCAUCGCUCUCCGUCUCCAUCACCCCUCCGUCCAGCUACGCGGUUUCCCAGGGGGGGGACGGCAGCAGCAGCAAGUCUUCCUCCCUGGGCUUCUACACCUCGGCUGGGCUACGCUGCUCCAGCAGCACCACCCCUACCCUGGAGAGUCCCCGGAUCGAGAUCACCCCGUACAGCCACUUCCCGGAUGAGGAGGAGGAGGACGGAGAAGGCGGUGGAGGAGGAGGAGGAGGAGGUAGCGUGUCGCCGGUCGGGAAUCACCGGAUCCUGUCGGUGGCGACGCUGAACCUGCCAAACGCCGACGGCUACCGUGACCCCAGUUGCCUGAGCCCUGCGAGCAGCGUGUCGUCCCGCAGCUGCCACUCGGAGGCCUCGUCGUACGAGUCGGGCCUCUCGUGCACCUACGACACCUCGCCGCAGAACUCGCCCUGGCAGUCGCCGUGCGUCUCGCCCAAGGGCGGCGGCGGCUCCUCGUCCUCCAUCAUGCACUCCUCCUCCGUGCUGCUGGGCGGCGCCGUCUCUCCCCAGCCCUCGCCGUCCGUCUCGCCGCGCCUCGGCGACGACCCCUGGGUCACGUCCCGCCCGAGCUCCUCCCCGCAGCCCAGCUCCCCCUGUGGCGGCAAGCGGAAGUACAGCUUCGGCGGCGGCGGUGGCGGCGGUGGCGGUGCCUACAAAUUCCCAUACUCCCCAAGCCAGUCGCCCAACCCGUCCCCGCACACCUCCCCUCGCCUCAGCGUGGCCGAGGACACCUGGCUCAGCAACACCAACCAGUACACCAACUCCGCCAUCGUGGCGGCCAUCAACGCCCUCUCCACCGACGGCUCCAGCGACCUGGGGGACAACAACCUGCCCCUCAAGGCCCGGAGGACCGCUGGUGGCGGUGGCCUGGAGCUGCCCUGCCUGCCGCCGUCUUCUCUCAGCAUGAAGAUCGAGCCGCGGGGAGGGGAGGAGCUGGGCUCGGGCUCGGGCUCGGGAUCGGGCGGCGAGUACAACACCAGCGACUACGGCUCGCCGUCCCACAUGAUGGGCUUCAAGAAGGAAGGGUACAGCGGCAGCUUCCUGGACGUGCCACAGCACAGCUACUCCUGGUCCAAGCCGAAGUACAUCAGAGACAAACAUCUUCUGUCAUAUCUCUGUGUCUGCAGCCCUUCUCUGCCAGCUCUGGACUGGCAGCUGCCCUCCAGCUCGGGCCCGUACAGCCUCCAGAUCCAGGUGCAGCCCAAGUCGCACCACCGCGCCCACUACGAGACGGAGGGCAGCCGGGGAGCCGUCAAGGCCCUGGGUGGGGGACACCCAGUCGUGCAGCUGCACGGCUACGUGGAGAGCGAGCCCCUGACGCUGCAGCUGUUCAUCGGCACGGCGGACGACCGGAUGCUGCGGCCGCACGCGUUCUACCAGGUGCACCGCAUCACGGGCAAGACGGUGUCCACGCCCAGCCACGAGGUCCUGCAGAACGCCACCAAGCUGCUGGAGAUCCCCCUGCUGCCCGAGAGCAACAUGAAGGCCAUAAUUGACUGCGCCGGAAUUCUGAAGCUGCGGAACUCUGACAUCGAACUGCGGAAGGGGGAGACGGACAUCGGCCGGAAGAACACGCGCGUGCGGAUGGUGUUCCGCGUGCACAUCAGCCAGGCCAACGGACGCACCAUCUCCCUGCAGGCCGCCUCCAACCCCAUCGAGUGUUCCCAGCGCUCGGCCCAGGAGCUGCCCUUGGUGGACAAGCAGAGCCUGGCCAGCUGCUCGGCCGCGGGAGGGGAGAAGAUGCUCCUCACAGGACACAACUUCCAGAACGACUCCAAGGUCGUGUUCGUGGAGAACGCCCAAGAUGGCCACCAUAUUUGGGAAAUGGAAGGGAAAGUUGAAAAGGAAGCCACCAAGUCGACAGUGCUGUUGGUGGAGGUCCCGCCGUACAGAAGUCAGAAUCUUGCCAGCCCGGUGUCGGUCAGCUUCUACGUCUGCAACGGCAAGCGCAGAAGGAGCCAGUGCCAACGCUUCACCUAUCUGCCACCCAAAGUUCCGACUAUAAAAACCGAGCCGCAUGAUGACUAUGAGCUUCCUCCGCUGUGCUCCCAGCAUGCACCUGGCUUCAGCUUGCAUUCGAAGCCCAGUUACUACCCCCCGCAGGUGCUGUCCGGCCCGCCCAUGCCCAACGUUGACCCCAGGACCGGCACCCCAGGCCCCUCCUCCGCCCCGCCCCACUCGACCUUCGGUGGGCCCCAGAGACUCGGAGGGAAGCCCCCUUCAUCAUUGUCACCGCUGACCCCCUCCUCUCCGUCCGUCAGCUCUCCAGCCGGCAGCCCCAAACUGCACGACCUGUCGCCCACCAACACCACCACCACCACGGUGCACUACCCAGCCCAGGUGUCCGCCAUCCAGCUGACGGGCACCUGCUACCAGCAGCCGUCGGUCCUCUUCCACCACCCGCGGGUCAUCUCCUCCUCGUCUCCGCACCUCUCCACACCCCCACCAAACGUCACCGCCACCACCACCACUACAGCGGGCAACGGUGGACCACCACCAGGAGAGCGUCCCUUUGGCAGCCUCUCCCCAACGUCCCCAGUGUCCACGUCACAGCCGUCCAAGGGAGGGUCCUCCCCCAGGAGGAGUCCAGCCACCUUCCUGCCUCCUCCCUCCGCCCAGCAGCAGCCCAACUCCUCCCCCUCUCCCUCCCCCUCCUCCACCUCCUCCAACACCACCCUGGCCAUCAGUAUCAAGCAGGAGCCUCAGGAGCUCGACCAGAUGUACCUGGAUGAUGUUAAUGAAAUCAUCCGGAACGAUCUGUCGAGCAUCACAGUCCACAGCCACGCGUAGUGCUACAGAGGCCACAGAGGGACAAAAGGGGCCGCCAUGCGACGGACAAGAAUGGAACUCAAAAAUAAUAUUCCAGACCUCCACCAAGAAAGAAAACAAACCCACACAACACGAAAACCAAAAUCAAGUCUUUUUGUAUUUGUUUCAAACCAAAUUCAGACCUCCUAUGCAAUUCAAAGGAAGCAAUACUGGAACCUAUUGCCUUUAAGGAAACACGGGCCAAGAACUGAAUUUUAUGUCUUUGUCUUCUGUCUUUUUUUCCUUUCAUAACAUUUAAAUUAUUUUUCGAUUCAAAAUGUUUUUAAUACUGAAUAUAUUAUUAUUCAAAUAUCCAAAGAUGUACUCGUCCUGCUUUGCUGUAAAAAAAAAUUAAGUGCUUUUUAAAAAAAAAAAAAACUCAGCUGAUCAAGGUGUGUAAUUGUGGGUAAUAAUGCAUUUAUAAACUGUAUGUAUGAUGGAGAAUAUCUCCUUUUUUGACUUUAUGGCAUCAUGAAAUGUGCCAUCACACUAUUAGUGCAGAAAAAGACUUAAGGGCCGUACACACACAUCGCUGCUAUUUACUAGCUUCUCGCUUACUCGCCUACUCGCCUACGCGCCUCUCUUUCAUGGAACGUUCGCUGAAAGUUCCCGCGGCUUUAACUGCCAAUGAACAGUCGAGAAGUACCGAACUCUGCCUUCCAAUUGCUUACUCGCUUACUUGCCUCGCUCGAAGAUUAAAUAUUUUCGACUCGGGAUCUGCCAACAUUGCAUCGCUUGUACAGUACUCGCCUACUCGCCUGCUAGUCUCGGUGGAACACAUUGACAUUCUAUUGAGUUCAUUCGAGGAGCGAGUAACUAGCAGCGACGUGUGUGUACGGCCCUUUAGUAGAGUCCUUUGCUAGAGAACCUGUAGCACCUCAGCCUAUGUUCUUUUGCUCUGAUGCCAAAUACAGUGUUUGACUUAGUGUCAUCUCAUGACCCAUUCCAUUCUUUCUGUUGAACUUUCUUACUUUUCUCAUCGACUUACUUAAUCGUACAUAUCUAAAAAGAAUAAAACUGGAUUUUUGUUUUCCUUUUUUCUGUAAUUUUACAUUUACUUAAAAAGUAACCGUUUCUGUUGCAAUAGUAAUUUAUUGUUUCAUGUAAUCCUUUAGUUUUGUUUGUUUGUUUGUUUUGUUUCGUUUUGUUUGUUAAUUGACAAAGUGUUAUGGGAUCCAUUUGCAUGUGUGCUAAGCAUGCCAAGAGCAGGUGGACCUGCGGAUGUUGGUGAUGUGGAGAGGAUGUGAUUGCAAUGACAUGGCUAAUUGGUGGAAUGUUACUAAAUGUUAGUGAGUGACUGAAAAUGUCAGGUGUGCUCUUUGUGCAGGAGAUACAUAGAGGUCAGAGAAAUGUGUAUAAAGGUGUAAAGGUAUAUCACAAGUGUCUUUCUGAACUGCUGAAACUGUAGCGACUUGGAUUUUUUCCCUCUUCUUUGAAUUGUGCCUUAUAACCUUGGAGCCCGCAUUUCACAGUCUUAAGUGAAAGGCAAAGUAUACUUUAUUGGAAAUUCACUAUAGUGACAAUCAUGACAGUGGACUGAAAUGACCUGAAUUUGCACAAGGUAAACUACAACAUGACACACACACACACACACACACACACACACACACACACACACACACACACACACACACACACACACACACACACACACACACACACACACAUAUUUCUUAUUGGAAAUGUAAUUUCAAACAGCAACAGCAGUACAACAGAAUGAUUUCUUGUGCUAUACUUAACUUGAGGGAGGUGGUCCAGGCCAGGGCACUACAGGGUGACCUGCACAGCACAAGACAGGCAGAAAUAAAUCAGAGGUGCUCACAGAGGGACCUCUAGUGGCGUGCACUGGUAGUGCACCAAGCCAAAGGCUUUAGACUGGAAGCAAAUCGUCUCAGACUUAACAGGAAAAUGCAUGUUUUCUAUAUAGUUUCCAUAUGUCGUUUAUUGUUUCUCGUUUCCUUAUUACGAUCAGGAUAAAGCAUAUCAAGAGCAGUGCGAUCUCCUCUGCCACUGCCAACUUCUUCUGUUUUUCUAUAUGACUUAUUCGUUAUUCCGUAUAUGAAGCUCAUUUGUAAUGUGUAUGAUGACUGUUAUAUCUUUAUGACUUUGUUUUUACAGUUUUGUAUCUAUACUAUGCAUCUUUACAUAAAAGGACGUUAAGAAAGAACUCUUUUUUUUUUUUUUGCUCCUUUGUGAGUAUAGCAAUGUCUGUGGCCGCAGCAUCAUAGAAUGUAUAAAAUCAUAUCAGUGCUCUGAGGCGGCCCACAACACGUGUCUUCCUCUUGGUCAAAGUAGGCCAUUAAAAGAUAUAAUGCUCAAUUUAAA